AUGAAGUCACAAAGCCAGAGUAAAAUCAAGAACCAAUUGUCGUAGAUUAACAAACCAGGCUAAUCUAUUGAUCCGAUAACGGAUGUUCCCUCUUCUGAGGAUAAUUCCCUACUAGUCAGACCUCCUUACUAGACUAAGGAUAUACCAUAUCCAACAGUUUUUAGUAAUUAUCGGGGUCGAUGGGAAAAAAUGACAUAGGAUGAGCAAGUAGAAUCGUUUGUUAUUCUGCAAAGCUAAAUCGAGAGAGCAAAAUAUAAACUCAACCCCUCAGCUAACGACAUGAUGAUUGUAAGUUAAAGCUAAGAAAGCACUCAAACUACCAACACUUUAAGCAAUCCAAUGAGCACAGAUUUUAAAAGAAAAAAAUAGCCAUUUAAAUAUCAAAAUUAGAUCUAUUAUGCUAACGAAGCCAUCAGACAAUACUAGGAUAAUGCAUAGGGUUCGCCAAUGAAUAUCCUUCCUCCAGAUUAAUCAAACUCGAGCAUAGACGAAUAGUUUGAUUAAAAUAUCAAUAAUUUGGAUAAACAAGCCAUGAGACCCUCAGUUUUAUCGGCCUACCUUAACCCAAAUAAAAGCUAACAGUAAAUCAUCCGUUAUUUGUGCUCAAUAUGUAAAAAAGAGAGAGAACUAUAAGUAUUGAACUAAUAUCAAUUGCAGAUCUAGUUUUAGAAUAGAGAGCAGAUAUGUUAAUUCUGUAAAGCAAGUAUGGAUAGUGCCCGACUUUAACAGGCACCAUCUUCAAUAUCUUCUUUAAUUCUUUCACCUUCAACAAAAAAAUUGUAAAUGAGGUAAAUUGAAAAAAAAGAAUGUUAGGAUGAUUCGGAGAGUUUUUUACUCCCAAGCAUAUCUUUUACAACCUUUUCUGAGAUCAGCAAUCAUAGUACAUUUAAUUUCAAUGAGAUUUAACAAAACCUUCGUAAAAUUGAAUAGCAAAACAGUAUGAUCAGAAACUCAAGUAAAGGCAUCUUCAAAAUAGAUACUAAAGCUCCAGCUUAGAUGAAUCCACAUCUAAAUUAAGUUGAUAAUUCAGCUAUUUUUAGCCAUCUUAAUAACAUUCCCUCGAUGUUAGAUCAAAGCGAUGACCAGAGUGCAGUUAACAAUAUCGAUGAUUAUUCGAGUAAUGAGUGUGAUAGUCCACAAAUUGUCAAACAGCUUUCGAAUGAGGAUGAUUUUAGGCACAUUGAGAUAGAUGAUUAGGAUCAAUUAGACUAGGAUAAUGAGGAAUAAGAAGAGUAAAUUGAAAGUUAAAGUCAAAAGAGUAAAGAGGAGUUUAAUUGCACCGAUACUGAGAAUUCUUAAAUUUCAGCAUGCUCUGAUAAGGAGCAAGUUAUGAUAAAUUUGGAGAAUGUUCUAUUUAUAGAAGAUAGGAUAUUUCUUAUGAAUGAGAAACUGAAAUCAGCUAAUUAUCUAGAAGAGUCACAAAAAAUCAUUGAGCUUUGCGAGGAUUGGUGGGAACUUCUUCGGCAAGAAUCAUCACUCUUUGAAAUAUAUGUAAAUAAUUUAUCGAAUAACUCCUAUACAGAAAAUAUUUAAGGAUGA